AUGAAACUGGAGUUGUGGAAACUCUUCCGCGAAGAUGUCCGGGACCUCUUUGAGCUGACGACCUCCAACAUGAACACUUACAUGGUGGUGGGAGCCUUGCUGGUGACCUGCAUCAUUGGUUUCAUCUUCGUGGGCUAUCAGGAGUUUCCAAUGGAGCCGCCGUGGCUGCUGCUGAUUUGGAACAACAGCGUGUUCAGUGCGAUCACCUUUGGCAUCUUGAGCGUUUGGUUGGCCACGCACGGUUCCAGCAGUUCCAACUCGGCGGCGAUCAAGAUUCUCACGCAGGCGGUGCGACCUCCGGUGCCCGGCUUGAGCGAGGUUCGUGCAGCCAUGCGACUGCAGGAGCAGUACGAGAAAAGCGGGGUGAAGAACUUCUUCAUGCCUCCGGCCUUCGUUCCGGGUGCCACCCUCGGAGGGCUGCAGGAGAUGGAGGGUCCCCAUGCUCGGGCACGCGACCCAGCGCUACCCGAAGCGCCACUGGCCAAGAGGCGCAAAUUCGCAGCCAAGGCCGCCAAGAAGGAGAUGCGCCAGCCGAUGAAGCCUCCUCGAGUGCUCAUCACCAAUGAGGUCACACCCAGGAAGGAGACGACAGCAGAGGAGCGUCAGACUUGGGAGGCAGAUGACUUCAGGUUCCCUCCUUAUCAAUACCAGAAGAUCCUGUCCAUCGUCGAGUCCAAUGGUCAACACCGACUCCCUAGCAGCCGCGAACGUGAGGUCAUCAUGGGAUUUCCCAAAGAUUACACGGUUCAGUGUAUGCCAAAGCAGUUCCAUGGGAAGCCAUCGCAUGAAGACGAGAGGAAGACAUUGAUUGGCAACACCUGGAAUGUCACUGUGGUAGCAUGGCUUCUGGCUCAACUGGGGUCUCAGCUUGGGCUAUGUAAUUCUCAGGCGCAAGCCUACCGACGCCAAUACAUACGGUCUAAGAGUGUAGAGCUCCAACCCCUUGAGCGUGCCCGUAAGGGCAGGGUGUCGGACCGCGAGAAGGAGACGCAAAGCAAAAGGAAGUUCACGGAGAAGUCGCAGAUGACGGAUGUCCACAAGGACCGGGCGAUUGGGCGUCGCCGACUUCGCACCCCCAAUAGACCGGCCGCGGCCGGGAGACCGCGCGGAGUUCGAGCGAUCGCGAGGCUUGGUCGCUAUGUGUCUCAGCAUGCAGUUGCGUUAGAGUAUCAUGCUCGUCAACGGGAUGAGGAGGCGGAGGCGACCACCUGGCUGGAGGAGGGCGCCCAUGCCACAGAUGACAUCAGCCCAGGGAAGAGCGCGGCGCAGUACUCCCACUUCUGGAUGCUUCGAAAGGUGCAGCGCGGCUACGCCUGCUUCGACGCCUACGCGCGCAUUAGCUUGACCGUGUCGGCACAGCAGCUGCUGCUGGUGGGGGCAUACUAUGCCAUUGCCUUAUUCAUGACCAAAACAGAAGGAUGGCCAGAGCCUUCGCAGAACGCGGCAACUGGAUGGCUUUCCAGCGCUACGGCUGCCUUUGCUGGCUGCAUUUUGUACAAGCUGGACCUCUUCGUGGUGAAGCGGCAACGGAGGAUGGUCGACACCGCCAUCUUUCUGGGGCCUUUGGUGUUGACUCUCGCCGUGCAUCUCGCCGUGCUUCGAGACAACAAUGGACGAGUGGGCUUGCGCGCCUGCGAUCAAUUCAUCCCUUCCUGGGCACCCUGGUCCUUGGCGCUGGUGGCCUGUGCAUUGCAUAUGGCUUGGAUUAUCAUCAUCUUGAAGGUCUCCUGCCCCUUGAAAUCCAGAGCUGGCUUGCCCAUGUCUUAUCGUUCCUCCAUUUACCUCGACGUCUUUGGAUGGCACAGCAAGCGCUUCCGCCGAACCGCUGCCAAUGCCACCAUGCCAAAGGUGACCGUCCAAGCGCUGCCCUUCAUGAGCAAGGAUCGGUGUGCAGCGGCUGCCUUCAAGGAAGCGAAGCAGAUCUCCAAGGUGUUGAAGAAGUUCGGAGGUCCUGAGAUCGUGGAACACUUGAGUGCGGCGGAAGCGGAGGAUUUGCACCGCAUGCAGGUGAUUCUGGAAGAAGACGUCAAAGAGCUGGAAGAUCAUUUGAACCUGCCAGAGUAUGAGCCAGAUGAUACACAGAUGGCCGACGAUGGGAGCUGGUUGCAAUGCUGCUGUGAAGAUGGCCAAGGUCAUGCGGCGCUCUAUUGGGUGGAUGCUCACUCAGGACAGGUGCAGUUGACUCAGCCCAAUCGAGGGGAGAUCAUCGACCUCUCUCGCAUGAGCGCGAUCAUCCGGGAGCGGUGGGCGGAGCUCCAGAGCCGCAUCGAUGCUUCGCCGCGCAACGCGGCGCAGGAGGCGGUCGCCGCAGAGGCGCGGCCCUUCGAGCUCAUGCCCGAAGCGCCUGACAUGGACGAGACCAGCAAGAAUCUUCCCUGGAAGUGUAUCCAAAGAAGUUGCUGGAUGCAAAUUCUCCUUUGGUGCUUCACCAUGGUCGUGAUCUUGGUGGACAGUGACUAUCAUGCCUCCCGCUUGGCACCCGCAGACUCUUAUGACAGGAGCUUGGUGAAGUUGGUCAGUGUCAGCCAAUGGCCUCACAGGGCGUUCCGGCCCUCUGCCUUGUCCUGCAAUCCCUAUGCCAAGAAGCUGUUGCUGAGUGAUCAAUUUGAGAUCUAUUCAGCCGAAUUGAACUUGGAGGGCAGCAUUGAAGCCUUGGGCUAUCAACAAUCCUUGCUUUUGAGGAACUUGACUUUACAGCCAGCGAUCCCCACUGCAGAGCUUCGCAGCACCUGGAAAAGCAUUGGCUAUUUGCACAACCGAGGAAUCCUCCUCUUGUUGGACCGGAACGGCCGCGCCAUUGUGGAACACCACGUGCACCGUGGAAGUGGCUAUUCCGCGAAGCCGUGGACCCUGAGCGAGAGCUUGCCACAGAAACUGGAGGUGAUCGAGCCAAUUGAAGGACGAGGGAGUCAAAUGUGCAGCACAAAAGGCUCUGGCCUGGUGAAUAUGGGUUGGGCCAUUUACGCCUCCACGGAUUCCGGACAGGUGGUGAUUCUGUGCCCGUCGGCUCAGCGCGUGCUGCAGCCUUUGCACAUGAUCGUCUCCCUCCGCAGAAAGCAAGCCUCCAUGUCAAUCAUGAAGUUGGUGGACUCUCACACGGGAGCAGUGAAGCUGCAAAGAGAAAAGAUCAUUGGGGUGCAACGAGACAUCUACGAAGGCGUCUUGUGGCUCAUGGUCUCGACCACCGAGGGCUCCACCGAGAUCCGUGCGUGGGACGUCGCCGUGGGGCAGGCCGAGACGGGGAGGAGAGAAGGGAGAGGGAGGAGAGAAGGGAGAGAAGGGAGAGGAGGGAUCUUCCAACUGUGCCGUUCGAUGUCUGUCUUUGGGCCGUUCAAUCCUUGGGAGAAGAGGAUCAUGUCUGUUUUGGAGGUCUCAGAGUUCAUGGACGAAGGGAGAUAG